AUGGAUUAUGCAAAUGAAGGUAAUUUAAGAAGAAACUUAACAAGAAUAAUUAAAAAUACUUGGUAUCAAAAAUUAUAUAUGUUAUAUGAAAUUAUUAAUGGACUUGAGGAUAUACAUAAACAAAAUCUUAUUCAUUGUGAUUUUCAUGAUGGCAAUAUUUUAAAUCAUAAUAAUCAUAAUAAUAAUAAUAAUAAUAAAGUAGAGUAUAAAGUAGAUGAAGUUUAUAUUAGUGAUUUAGGAUUAUGUCAACCUGCAAAAUCAUUUUUGAAAAAAUAUGAUAUUUAUGGUGUUAUACCAUUUAUGGCACCUGAAGUUUUAAGAGGCAAAUCUUAUACACCAGCUAGUGAUAUAUAUAGUUUUUCUAUGAUUAUGUGGGAAUUUACGUCUGGAGUACCACCAUUUAAUAAUAGAGCCCAUGAUAUUCAACUUAGUUUAACAAUUUGUAAAGGUGAACGUCCUGAAAUUAUUGAAAAUACUCCACAAUGCUAUAUAGAUUUAAUGAAUAAGUGUUGGAAUGAAGAUCCAUUAAAAAGGCCAUCAUCUGAAGAAGUGUGCGAUAUUUUUUAUGGAUGGGUUCAUUCUCCUUAUAAAAUUGAAAAUAUUAAUGAAUUAAAAUGCAAUCUUAUGGAAUUUAUAAAUGCACCAAUUAAGCAUAACAAUCUUGCUACUAAAUUUCAUCCACAAACAUGCUAUACAAGUCGCUUACUUGACUUUACUAGUAAAGAAUUGAAUGAAAUUCUUGAAAGUGAAGAUUCACAAACUUAUCACAUAAGCUAUUCCUCUACUGAUAUAACUGAAGAUUUGGAUGAUUGUACAAUUAUAAAUAUGGAUAUUAUUAUUAAAAGAUUUAUAGUAUUUUUUUAA